GAUUUUGAAGAUCUGUGACGUUAUUUUUCUUUUUUUUUAACUUCAAAGGGUUCACCAAAAUGAUAUCUGGCCGUUAUUUUUCAAGAAUUAUACGAACUUUUCGCACAAUGGCUAACGAAGGUAUCCCAUCGCAAGAAGUUGAAGCGUUAUGUAAACCUCCACACUCGUUUACCAAGGGUUUCAUGUGUCAACAAACAAUGUACCGUAUAAAGGACCCUAGAAAGUCUUUACCCUUCUACACUGAAAUCCUGGGAAUGACAUUACUAGAACAGAUACACGUUCCCGGAAGGAAAUACUCCAUUUUCUUCCUCGGACAUGAAAACCCCGAGGAUAUACCAAAAGAUUCCAAGGAAAGAAUUAUUUGGAUGAUGUCCAGGAAAGGAAUAUUGGAAUUAACACAUAAUUGGGGCACCGAGAACGACGAUUCUAGUUAUCACCAUGGCAACACGGAGCCUCAAGGCUUUGGACAUAUCGGAAUUACUGUUCCCAGUCUUAAAGAAGCUUGCGCUAAAUUCGAUGAGUUGGGAGUGAAGUUCGUGCGUCGUCCUGAGGAAUUUUCCGCCAAAGGUCUCGCUUUUAUCGCGGACCCUGAUGGAUAUUGGAUAGAAUUACUUGAUAAAACAUCAGAGAGCGAAGAAGUUUUAGAUGACUUUCCUUUACCGGAAACAAUUGCCAGCGAUGAAAAUGAUUCCAAAUUAAGAAACGAAGAAAUAAACAUACAAGAUGAUUAUUUAAAAAACUUAAACGAUGAUUACCAAAAACGCACUCGAUUGCAGACAAUACAUGAGAAUUUAGCAACGAAAUUACAAAAAGCACUCGUUAAGAAAUUAAAAAGCCCCGAAUAUAGUCAAAGACUUAAUUUGACAGCAGUUGAAAAGUUUCUAUCACAUGAUGAUAUACCAAAUGGAAGAAGAAGUUUUAAUAGAGACCCAGAAUCCAUAGACGAAGAAAACCAUAAUGGAUUAAGUGACGGUAGGCGGAAUUACGUUAAAAAAGUAACUUAUGUAAUACGUCAUCCUGUUAGCAGUCAAGUGAUAAAUCUCAACGAUGAAAAUCUACAGGAUUUACAAGCUGUUAAUGUCGCAGGCACAAGAGCUGGAUAUACUGUUGUUACAAAUAAUAAUGCUAUAAAAAUCCCGCAUCAAUCAUAUGAUUAUUUAAAUAAUCCGAAAAUUCAUAUAUCUUCUUUACCUUAUUAUGUAUAUGAACAGCCUUAUAUGGAUUUUACAAACCCCAUUAAAAUGUACUUCAAUUAUUAUCCAGGAAACAGAUAUAUCAAGUUUAACAAUAACUUCUUUGAUUAUACAAAUCACGUGAAAGCACAAAACCAUUUGAAUGAUUACAAACAAGUCACAGAUUAUGUAAUAAAUUUAAUGACCGCAGAUAAUUACGUCAAUCGAAAUGUAAUUCAAAUUUUGAAAAGCGCUAAUGAUUUGAAUUUAGCUGAAAUUAACAAUUUCGAUAGUUCACAAAUGGUGAAGAUUGAUAAAAGUGAUUUGAUACAUUUAAAAAGAUACGUUAUUUUGAUAUUAAACAAAUACGGAAUGACUCCAUUUGUUUUUAAACUUUUGGAAUAUGUUAACCUUCUUGAAGGGAGACCGAGGAAUGAAGUUUACUUGGUCUUCAAGAUUCUGAGCAAUCAACAAGCUGUUUAUGGUUUAAAUAAAGUUGAAUCCGAUCAAUUAAAAGCACAUUUACAAUAUCUGUUAAAUGAAUACGGAAAGAGUCCUUACAUUUCUCCAUUCGUAAGAAAUAUUGGAGAACAUGGAGAAAAUCCGUACAUUCUUGAACUUAUAAUAGAAAUUAAUAGUAUACUAGAAAUUCCUGAUAAUGACAAGUACAUACUAAACAAUAACUACCCAGAAGUAAAUGAAGAGGACUUGGCUUUAUUGAUUAAAUAUUUUUCAGUAGUUAAUUUAACCGACAACAAUAACGCCAUAAUUAAUAUUCUUGAAUACUUACAAGAUAUUAAAGAUAAUAUCGAAAAAGUACACACUAAAGAUUGGGUUAACAUAAAUGUACAAGAUCUAGAAGAAAUAUAUCAAUACUUACUAGGCAAAGAAAAGUUCCUACAUAGUCCUUAUUUAGUUCUCUUCGUUAAUGAAAUAUUACCACUAAUACAACGAGGAAAACAAAACCCAUAUGAGAAAAUAAAUUACAAAUUCAAAUACGAGGAUUUACUGCAACUUUAUAAUUUAAUUCUAUCAGAUGAGAGAGAUAAAGAAAAUCCUGUAUACAUUAAGAUAUUGAAUUAUUUAAACAUCGAUACCGACGAUACGAAAACAAACAAUGGAACAAUACCAAAUGUUGAUUUAUAUAUCUUAAAAGAAUAUUUCGGCGAUCAAAUAAAUUUGGAUCUACUCUAUAAAUUCCUAACACACGAAGUUGAAUCCGGUAAACCAGAUGAUUUGAUAUUUGAAUUGUUACAAUUUAUAAAGAAAACUUUCAUUUUACCAAACGGUCAGCUUUUAAUUAAAACAAUCAAUUUGGAUGACACAAAACCUCUUGAUGUAAUCCAAGCAAAGGAUUUACAAAUACUAUAUUUGUUUUUGCAAAAACUAAUAGAACACGACGUUUUUAGCGUUAAAUUAUUAGAAUAUAUGGAAAAACAGAAGCAGAAAGAAAAAUUGAUACUAGAAAUAUUCUCCGACGUUCCUAAAGAUACUUUGAUUAGAAUACGAAACUAUUUACUGAUAUUGCUCAAUGAUAUAGGAGAAAAUCAAUUUAUUCUCGAUAUAUUCUUUGAGAUAAAUAGUAUAUUGGGUAUUCCCAGAAGUUAUGAUAAACAUGAACGUGCAUUGAACGGAACAGAAUAUGAAAUAAACGAAGUUGGAAUAGAAUUACUUAUAAAAUACUUCACUGAAAUAAAUGAAUCUGGAGAUAACAGUGAUCUUAUUACCAUAUUUACCUACUUAUAUGAAACUCAAAAUAGAAUAUACGCAGAAAAUAAUACAAAAGAUAAAUUGAUCUAUAUAAACGUAAACGACCUGAAAGAAAUUUAUGAAUACUUAUUAGGGAAAGAGAAAUUCAUCAAUAGUCCUUAUUUAGUGAUAUUUAUCAACGAAAUUCUACCAUUAAUACAACAAGGAGAACUAAAUCCGUAUGAAAAUUUAGCUAAAAAGAUUAAACAUAUAGAUCUACAGACAAUUUUCAAUCUAAUCGUCUCACAAGAGAGAGACAAAGAAAAUCCUAUAUACAAGAAGAUUCUGAAAUAUUUGGACCAAUACAAAGAUAAAAACAAUAAUGGAACACAAAAUGUUGAUUUACACGUGUUGCAUGAAUAUUUUGGAGAGGAUCAAGUUAAUUUAGAUAUUGUUUAUAAGUUUUUGGUACAUGAAAUUAAUUCUGGUAAUACAAAUGCAGUAUUAACUGAGCUUUUACAAUUUAUGAAAAAUACACUACUGCUACCAAACGGUUUACUAAAAAUAAAAAUUAUUUACUUCAAUCAACCUGAACUCACUGGUCAAAUAACUUUGAGAGAUUUACAAAAACUUUAUUUCUAUCUGCAAAAACUAAUGGAAGAUGAUGUUACAAGAAUUAAAUUAUUGGAUUACACCAAAACCUAUAGAAAAAUUUUUGAAUUAUUAUCCAAUGCUUCUAAAGUAUCGUUGAAUAGAAUAAGGAACUUUUUACUCAUUUUAAUGAAAGAACUAGGUGAAAAUCCAUACAUUGCUGAAGUAUUAUCUGAAGUUAAUAUAAUUUUAGGAAUUCCUGAAAGUAAAAAUGACCAAUUGUAUUUAUUAAAUGGUACAAAACCUGAAGUUAAAGAAGAAGACUUAAAAUUAUUGAUAGAGUAUUUUACUUUAAUUAAUUCAUCUAAUAAAACCACGGAUGUUAUAAAAAUUCUAGAAUUCCUACACGAAACUGAAGUAAACAAUAAAAAGGAAGAGGACGAAUUUAAUCAACAAUGGGUAUACUUUAAUGCUGAAGAACUACAAGAAUUAUAUCAAUACCUAUUAGGUAAAGAGUCAUUCAUAAAUAGUCCAUAUUCAGUACUAUUUGUUAAUGAAAUAUUACCAUUUAUACAUAAAGCUAAACAACGCACAUAUGAAAAUUUACUUUAUAAAUUUAAAUAUAAAGAUCUGUUGAACCUCUAUAAAACAGUUAUAUCACACGAGAAAGACAAAGAAAAUCCUGUUUACAUAAUGGUUUUGGAAUAUCUGGAUGAUUUCACAGAUGAUACUAAAACAGAGAAUGGAGUGACGCCAGAUGUUGAUUUUGAUAUAUUAAAUGAAUUUUUUGAAGAUAAAAGAAUAGAUUUAGAAAUCCUUUAUAAGUUCCUUUCACAUGAAAUUGAAUCAGGAAGUGUUCCAGAGAGUGAUAAGCAACCUCAAAUUUUGAACGGUACAGAUUAUCAAGUGAACGAAAAAGACUUGGAACUACUAAUAAAAUAUUUCACCGAAAUUAACAUUUAUGGUAAAAACAGUGAUCUUAUUAAAAUACUUGAUUAUGUACAAGAUAAUAAAGAAAAUGUCAAACAUAACAAACAAGAUUCUAAUGGUCAAUGGGUUUCCAUAAUAGAAUUAUUAUCUAAAACACCAAAAGAAUCUUUAAACAGACUAAGAAACUAUUUGCUAAUUUUGGUCAAAGAAGGUGAUGGAAACUCUAUAAUUUUAGAAAUAAUACUUGAAAUUAACCGAAUACUAGGUUUUCCCGAAAAUGAUGACAAACAAAGAUACGAUAAGAAUGUAGAUGAAAAUGAUCUAGAAAUAUUAGAAAAAGCUUUAUCUCUAAUUAACGGACUCGAAGAUGUCGAUAUUAUGAAGAUUAUUGAAAAGAUAAUAAAAACUAAGACAGUAAUAAAAGAAGAACAAGAAAAAGCAACGGAAUCCAAAUUAUUUAAAACCUAUGUCUUAGAUAUUAUUAAUAACAAAAACAAUAGUCCAGAUGUAAAGUUUAUACUUGAAUAUUUAUUGAAGAAUGGACUCAAUGGCUUAAAUCAAGUGGAUAGUUAUUCAGAUUUUGAUUUAGUUCUAAAUGAAGCUAUAGCAAACCUCAGACUAGAAGAUUUAAAUGUACUGGAAAAAUAUUUACAAAUGUUAAUUCACAAAUUUAAACCAGUUUAUCUCGUCGAAAUAUUAUUGCCUCAUGUUAAUAAAACAAUAAAAGAUAAGAAGGAAACUAUCAACAAACCUUCAAAUGAUACCUUAAUUGUGAAUGUUACAAGCCAUGAUUUAGAUGUUUUUAAUAAAUAUCUAUUGGAAUUAAUAAAACUUUAUGGUGAAAAUCCUAAUAUAAUGCAAAUAAUAUACAAAAUAAACAACAUUAAAGAGAGACCGAAUACAGAAAAUGAUUGGAUCAACCUAAUAAAUAAUACGAAUAUGGUUCCAACAAUAAAAGUCGACGAUAUAAAUGAAAUCAUAAAAUAUUUAUUAGAUCUUAUAAAAAAACAAGGUGUAACACCACAAUUGAUAAAAAUAUUACUAGAUUUUAGUAAAAUAUCAAAAGAGACAAUAGAAGUUACAAAUAGGAAGACAACUGAAAACAAAACAAUCGUUACGCCACAUGAUUAUUCUUCAGAUAUUGAUAAAAUAUUAAGCGAACUUAUAGAUAAUACUUUAAGAGACAAACCAACGAAUGAUUUAUCAGAAGAAGAUAGUAGAAAAAUGAAUGACAAUACAGAAAGUGAACCCGAUCUACGUAACAGAAUAAAAGAGACCAAAAAUGAAAGAAAAUCCUGCAUACAAGAGAAGAGUAAAUCCAAAAAUAUCAUUAAUCCGAUUAUUCCCGUACAAUUUCAACCAAAAAUUGAAGAGCGAAAUGAACAAAGCGGUUUUAAUAACUCCGAAAACCUAGCAGCACCAUUGUUUAAACAAGAAACUUCUUUAUGUCCAGCAAAUGAAGUUUUGAUUCAAAUUCAAAACAUACUCAUGAAAUUACUGGGUAAUGAAGAUGAAGAAAAUUUAAAAAAAUUACCUGAUUCGUUGUUAGCAUCAGAACAUAAUUUAAAUACAAUCUUAAAAUAUCUGGCAUUGAAAAGGAAUCCAGAUUUAAAAACAUUUGAACAUUACGGACAAAAACAGCAACGUUUCAAUGAUAUAAACCCAAAAGAAACGCCACAAUCUAUUGAGAAAUUAACACAAGCUUUUAACAAAGAAGCUACAAAAUUUGAUCAUAAUAUACAAACAAAUCAUUCAGAUAAAAGUACUCCUUAUCAGUUACAUAUAACAGAAAACAUUAUACCACCUACAAACGUAAAAGAAAUUAACCAAAAGGUAAACAUAAGUGAAAUUUUCGCAGAUAAUUCCAAACUAAAUACACAAGUUUUUGAAAACAAUAGAAAUCAGGCUUUAAAUAUCGAUGAAAAGCCAGAUGAUGUACUAGUGACAGUCACAAAUGAUGGUAAAAUAGUCUCCGUGUAUCCUUCAAAAACUAAAUUAUACGGACAGGGACAAAACAAUUUUGUAAAUGACAAAUUUCUGGCUGAUCAUACUCAGUUUCAAAACAAGGAAAGUGUAGCGAGUCAUGUGAAAAAUCUUUUAAAUCAGUAUCUACAAGGAAAUGUUAACAAUCUCCCGAAUGAUAAAAUGGAUGCAUUACUAGCUGUAUUAAAAACAGAAGGAUCUAAAUCUCAAUAUAAGGAAUUUGCACAAGAUUUGAUAAACAGAAAUGAGCACGUAACGCCAUAUUACGUAAACCCGAACUUAACUCCUAAUAUUAAUCAAUAUCCUACGACAAAUCCGGGUCUUAGUAAUUCUGUACGUCAAUUUCCAUACAAAGGACUAAACAACCAAUUGCAUGCAAACUUAAACGUUUUUAAUCAAAUCUCAAAUCAAGAAAAUCUGUUAAAUCAACACUUACUCUACCAACCUUACAUCACUGGCAACCCUUACGUUAAUUCUAAAUUAGUUGAUUAUGAAAAACAUGUAAACGAAUUGCACGCACCUUACAAUUUAGAUAAUUCGCAACGGUUUGUUGGUGAAACUAAUCAAGGUAAAUUGAAUUCAGAAUCCGAUAAUUCUGGUGUCGUAGAAUUAACUUAUUUAUUAAAGCGACCUCAUCCAGUAGUAUAUCAACCAGUAUAUUAUGUAAAAUAUCGAUUACCUUAUGACUCUUUUGUAAAUAAUCUUCGAGAUUUAGUUCGAAGGCAGCCACAAUUGAGAUCGAAUCGUGCUAAACUAUACCAAGAGUUACUAGCAUUAUCUAAAGUAGCAGAUGUUUCGCCGAAUUUAAAAGGAUUAGGUCAACAACAAUUACUACAAAUGGUAGCUAAUAAUGGUGCUUUAGUAAAAACUAAAGUUUUAAAAGUGAAUGAAACACAAUUGGAUAAACAAUUAAAAACCGUACAAGAUUUAAAUUCAAAAUUAACGCCAACGGAAUUAGGCAACGAAUAUAAGGGUGAGCCAGUUGUCAAUGAAGUAAGUAUGUUGAACAAAACGAUAGAAGUUGUUUUGAAUAAUACACAAUUUGGAGAAUUAGAAAACUUUGAAAGAGCGAAACAAACUCCGUCUAGUUUAGACGAAAAAAAUAUUUUUGAUUUGUACAAAACGCCAACAAACAAGUACCUUUUUAGUAAAGACAAAAAUCCUAGCAACUCAAUAUACUCGCUGGUGUAA